CUUACGUAUAGGCUACAGAUGAAGACAGUGGGAGCUACGGGGUAGUCAGAUACACGGCAGUCAACGGGCCCAUAGCUGGGAAUCUCAGACUGGAUCCAGUAACAGGAGAAUUAACUCUGGUGUCUGGAGAAGGCCUGGACCGUGAACGAAUUCCAGAAUAUACAUUGACUGUGGAAGCCAGGGAUGACCAAGGCAAGGGUAACCGCAACACUGCAGAAGUCCAUGUGACCCUUGCUGAUGCCAACGACAACGCGCCACUGUUUCUGCAACCCCGUUAUGACGCGGUACUCAAUCCUGAUAUGAGAAAUUUUUACGAACCCUUGCGCGUGCAGGCAUACGAUGCAGAUGGACCCGGACCUAAUAGUGACAUUACGUACGAAAUUGUGAAUGGAAAUUACCAAGAGAAAUUUCUCAUCGAUCCUCACACGGGCGAACUGAGCCUCAAAGCGCCCUUGGUUCCCAACCCCGAGUCUCAAGACCAUGGUUUGCCUGUCAUUACUCUUACUGUCAGAGCCCAUGACCAAGGCGUUCCCGUGCGUUUUGCAACAGUUAAAGUUCAGGUCCAUAAUCAGGAAUACCUGAAUAGAUCCAUAUCUUUCAUUGUUCCCCUAUCAGCAAGAAAAGCUUCGGAGAGAAGACAAGAGUUGGAGAGAGGAUUUUCUGCACUUACUGGAGCCCACGUCAAUGUUCAUUCUGUCGCUUUUCACAAUUCAAGCUCAGAUAAAUCUAUCGUCCGUUGUUGGGUUUCGUAUCCUCUUUCUUCUACGGUUGAUCUUAGCAAUAUGGAUGUCAUCAUAGGGAAUCUUUACGGCCGGGAGUAUUAUCUUGCUACAACAAACGUUGAAGCCAUCAAUCGAGGCAGUUUCAAUGUGGUCUUUUGGCUGUUGAUCGUUUUGGUCAUCCUCAUGCUUAUCGCAAUCUUAGCUCUGCUUAUCUAUUGCUGCUGUGUACGUACUACAGAAGGUGGUCGUGAUAUCUUGGAAGUGAAAAAUAAAGUGGCACCAGAAGAAAAUAUCAUUCAUUAUAAAGACGGUAGCAUUAUUCAUCUUAAUAAGGAUGAAAAAAGAAGACCAGACAGUCGAACUCGAAGCAUUUGGCAAGAAAGUCAACAAGUUCAAACGGAUCCUAUUCGGAAAAACCAUAUACGUACAGACGAGGAGAGGCCUUCUCCAAGCCACAGGGCACAGCAAGCUACUGUUCACGAUUCUGUUACUACAUCUUAUGCACAGAACCCAGAUGACAUUCCGGUUCGCGGAGCUUAUUAUCCGGAUGGUGGGAUACCAGCAGUAGCCGGAGGUCGAAUGGAAAGAGCUUAUCGAAGAGGACGCCCUCUAAGUCCCGGUACAGAAAUGCUGGUUCAAGAAAUGGCGGGUGAUUCGGACGCCCGAAGACUUGGCAACUACGUCGUCGUUCGAAAAGUUGUUCGUCCCAGGGUUAGGGUAGAUGCAGUAGAUGAGAGGGCAGGUGCAGAAGACACCGAGGAUGGUCCUCGCAGGACGGAGAUCCUGUAUAUCAGGAGUCCGAUGCGAGAAGAAGAAGAAGAACGGCAGUACGUUCGGGACGGAGAGCUUCUGAGAAGUGUCAGUGAGACAGCGCUCAACACUGGAGAUCCCCACCUGCGAGUCCCAAGACCGUACAGGCAAAGAAUAGUAGGAGUUCCCCAACAACGAUCCGAACCUCCUCAAGAUCCAGCAGCUCAACAGCAACUCAAGUUUUCUAGGUAAUGGCCAAUCCCAGUUAAUAGAGGCUGCUUUAAU